AUGAAGGACGUCCAUGAGUUAUAUGCCUCUUCCAUGGACCAAGUGGAAGAUAGAGGACUGGAGAGACAGUUCUGCAAGGUGUUGAGUAUCUGCUCACAGUCUGCCGUCUUCUUCCCUUUUCGUCCAUCUCUGCCAAUGGUGAUACGUCUGCUGCCGUCGCUAUUGCCACUACCAUUACUGAUGGAGUUAGUUCUUUGCUGGUAUAAACGCCGCGAUGACUGCACACGAAAAAAGUGUUGUCUGAGGAAACGGCGGUGUAUCGCUGCUUAG